GUACGUGUCUGCUCUGGAUCUUGCUAACGAAAGAAUUUAGCUACGGUUCCCCUCGGCCGACUCCAAAUCAUGGCCGGCGGUCGUCUGGGAGAAGACCCUGAUGUUGGCUGAACCAUCGCAAACGGUGAUUGGUUUGUUAAGAUGACGUCAUACUCAUCCUUACAAGUUUUGCUAUUGGACUGUUAUGUCUCGACAUUUAAUUAGCUGUUUGUGACGAGUUGUUUGAGGUGUUUAAUACAUAUAUCAAAAUCAGUGAAACAUUUCCACAGUGAUAUUUGGUUUUUAUCUUGGUUUUUUCAUCUAUUUGGAAAAGUAGCAAAACGAAAGCACGUUAUUUGUAGAAGGACCAAUCAGAAUAAGUGGCUUGGAAUAUUUAUUAUUCUUUUCAGUGACUCUUUGAGUAGUAGGGAAAUGAGAGUUCACCAACAUGCGGUGCCGGUGCCAUGCGGUGCUCGACCCCAAACCCCACUCUACUGCUCGUUCAUUCCAGCGAUUGGCUAGGGUUUCUACUAUUGUGUAUGACAUGCCCAAAACCGGUACGUCAUAAGAUAUAGUCUAUGAAAAGGGAUUGCGAGUUUGAAGUCUCAUCAAUCCUACUAAGCUCCUUAGGACAGUAACGACGAAACGAAGUUUAAGCCAUGAAGUUGAGAAGUGGCCGUAUUCUUAACCCUGUGCUGUUCAAACGCAGAACAGGACAAAAAGCAAUAGCAAAUCUCGUGAAACAAAUGGAAAACAUAAAACUUGAGAAACACCAGGAUGAAGCAGGGAGGAUCAGGGAGCUUCAGACAUUUUUCAGAUUUUUAUUCUAUAGAUGCUGUGAAGACAUUGCCAACAAAGAAAGGAUUGACGAGAUUGAAAGAACCAAGGGAAGAAAGGUCACUCUUGAUGAACUAAUCCAUUGGGAAGCAGACGAGUCCUCCUGGCAAAAGACCUUUCAGAAAGUCUGGUUUCGUAUGCAAAGAGAACUUCCCUUACUGACACUACUGCAAGCUUUCGACUCUUUCAUGAAGUAUGAACAUGGUUCAGAAAACCUCGAGUACUUAAAACCUUUCCUGAGAAACUACCUCCACGAACUUUACGAUAAUAACGACAGUGGAAAAAUGAUAAAACUGAUGCAGGAAAUAAACCACGUUAAGAGUCAUGCCUUCUCAGUAUCUGACAAGAAAAUCUACCUCCAAGAGCUGGCUAGUGACUUGGCAUCCCAGACCAUCAAUCCUUUGUUUGACAACCAUCCCAUUAUCAUAUCGUGGGAUGUAUUCUUCCAAUACUCCAAAUCAAGAUGCUGCUACAUCCCCGAGAUUGAUGGUGGGCGUACUGUGAGAAAACUGUUUCUCAGGGUAUGCAAUUUUUCCAUGUUUUCAAGCCCCAGCUACCAAUACAGGAUUCUCAAGACUGGAGAAACUUUCACUAGUCCCGAAAAAGACAUCCGCAAGGCAUUGUUUCUCCACAAAAAGUGUACGGAUAAAAAUGCCCAACCCAUUGCAUGGCAUUCAGAGAAUUUGAGAACUUUGAACAAUUAAACUAUUAACUAUCAUGCCGUGUACUCUA